AUGUCUCUUUUUACCCUCUUCUAUUCGAUUCUUGUUCUCUCCCUAAUCUCUCACUCUCUUCUCUCUCUCUUGUCAUUUUUUACACUGUUUUUCUUUCUUGCCUUCUUCUACACUUUUUCUUUCUCCCACUCUUCUACACUCUCUUUAUUUCUUUUUCUCUCUCUCUCUCUUGCCCCCUCUGCACUCUCCCUUACCCUCUUCUACACUCUUUCUCUCUCUUGCCCUCUUCUACACUCUUUCUUUCUCUCUCACACUCUUCUAUACUGUUUCUCUCUCUCUCUCACCUUCUUCUAUAUUCUCUCUAAACUCUUUCUCAUGCUCUUCUACACUCUCUCUCAUACACUCUUCUACAUUUGUGCUUUUCUACAUUCUCUCUCUUGUCACUUUCGCCUACACUUUCUCUCUCUCUCUUGCACUCUUCUACACUCUAUCUCUCUCUCACCCUCUAAACUCUUUCUUAUGCUCUUCUACAUUCUCUCUCUCUCGCACACUCUCUUUCUCUCUCUCAUACUCUUCUACACUCUCUUGUGUCCUUCUAUCUAUCUCUAUGUUUUGUGCUGGCAUUCAGUUUUCUCUCUUCCAAAAUAUCUUCGACCUCCAUUUCUUUCCCUGUUUUUAAUUUGA